CGCGCGGAUGGCGGCCGUGCAGCAGGCCUGCCUCCCUGUCGCCCUGGCGGUGCCUCCGCCUCUCGACCGCAGCACCGGCCUCUCCGCCAACUUUGGCCAGGUCGCGCUGGGCGCCCCCCCCCCCGCCGUUUGGGAGCGGCGCCGCCGCCGCCGCUGCACUCGAGGCUGCGCCGUACGGGGCCGGCAGGCUCGUCAGGCCGCCCGCCGUGCUGCCGCCCCCCCUCCUGCCAGACGGCGACCCGUUUGGAGAAUUCCAGGGCUACCUGGCGGCGGCGGGCGGCGGCGGAGGCGUCCCGGGCGCGCCGCUGUAUGAGCCUUGCUCUGCGGCGGUGCAGAGCCCGACGUCGGCCGACUUUCUGCGCGUGACAGAGUCGGACUUCCUCGCCGACGUGCUGCUGUGAGGCCCGCCGCGCUCCGCCUCCGCCACUCGCGACUCCGACCUUCCUCCUCUGCCGCACCCUCGCCGCCACCCG